CAAUCUGCAGUGAUACAUUUUAACAGUAAAUAUUAUAGAUUGUGCUUCAUAAUUCCCCAUUUCUAUGUAUACAUAUGGAUUCUCCAGUUUCAAAAGGUAAAGGCACCCUCCUACCUUGACCACCCACAUAAGAAAAAGUGGGAGCAAUAUUAAGUAUAAACAUAAUAAUAUUAAUAAUAAUAAUUUAUUAUUAUUAUUAGGACCUGAAUGGUGAAAAUCAUUUUCCUUUUCAUUUAUUCCUCAUGAAUUGCACAAGUUGUAGUGUAGUAAACCUUAAAUAGUUAAUAUUUCUCAAUGGAGAAAUCCUAAAGGUCACAAACUUUUCAGCAUUAAUGGGGACAAGAGAUGCCCCAUACCUGGCCAUUGGGCUGCCUGUGGCCAUACCUCCUCCCCCUGUCCACCAUGAGUGUAUACAUUGAGUAGUGCAGUUAUCCUGUCAGGAAUCAGUCGUGUUUCCCCCAUAUUCUUGUCUGUGCUCAGCACCUGCUCCCUCCCUCUGUGCCUGACCCCCUCCUUCCCUCCUCCUCUUGUCUGUGCUCCUGAUCCUCUCCUGCUCCACUUCGUAUCUUUGUGUUUCUCAGUCACUUCCCUUUUGUUUGCUCCACAUCUGUGCCCCUGAGCUUCUCCCUUCCCCCUCCUCCUCCUCCUCCUCGUCCUCCUCCCGGCUUGCUGAAGGCUCAGAGAGAGGCAUAUACAAGGUGAGUGUAGGCUGCCAAGCACCGGCUGUGGAUGUCAUGUGUGGACUGGGACCUAGCACAUGAUCCGUGUAUGGCUUUGCUCCUAUUUCUUUAUAUUUUGUGUAUAUUUUUGAUACAUAGUUGCAGAAUGACAAGUGAUCCCCUCAGUGCUGCACUUGGUGACAUAGUAAUAGUUGUCCCCAGGCUCAGCAGUGCACACACAGUGGAAACGCAUUGCACUGUACUGACCAGCUGCGGUAUGUGUGCGUUACUGACCUGUGCCCAAUGCAAGGACCCGGUCACCUUCCUGAUCUUUAGGGUUUACUACAGACUUGUGCCCUAUUUAUGUGCCCAGCACGUGGGUUUCCCACCUUGUCACCUGGUAUAACGUGCAGGAAGGAAGCCCUGGUAAUGCACCCUGCGUUAUUUUGGGGGCAUGCACAUUGCUGUGUAUCUUGGGGUCUCCCCCUAUAUGCACUGCAGGGUGAAGUAACUGGGGAGCAGCAUGGAACAAGAGGGGGAAUCUAGGGGGUGUCCUUUUUCCCUGCACACCACUAGUGGGAGGGGGUCUCUUUGUUGCAGGGGGUGGGGGAGGGCCGACCUGCCGGUACAGUCCCAGCUCCAGGCUCAGAACAAAGAAUCGCAGGGAGCUGUGUCCUGUCACUGAUAAUGGGCCAUUAACCCUCCCUGUGUGUGCUGGAUGUGGGGUAUGUUUAUACAGAAGAGAAAUCUACAUGCUAUGUGUUUAUAUAUAGACAAAGUUGUGUAUAGUGCGCCUGGGAACUUUUGUUUAUGUUGUGGAUUUGCUAAGUGUUUAUUCCAUCUCUCACCAUUGCUUAUAUUUUCAGUUGUAUACAUAGUGACUACAAUGCUGCAGUGUUGUGCUGACAAUGUAACCUUGUGUAGUAAAGGGCUGUUAAAGGUCCAGCAGCAAUAACGGAAUUCCUAACUUGUUACGUAGGCACGCGUACAGUACCACCAAGCGUACAGUACGCCCAAGCGUGUUCAUAAAGUUUUCAGGAUAGCCCUGUCAGCUUUUAGCACCUUUUUAUAUAUAUUUUUUUCUUUCUGUUUCUAAUGUUUGACAUAUAUCCCUCCUUUUUGUAGGAAAAGUUUCAGGAAGUCCUGGUCCAACCUCAUCCCGGCGGAUCACUAGAGCGUAGUGUUUCCAACUGCUUGAGUCACGAUGAGCUGUCAGGGGGGAAAGGGGAAUCUCCAGAAGACACGCUUGCGCUUACAUUUAAUAUGUCUGCUGGGCUGGGAAAAGAAGAAUUUGGGAUGCUAGGAAGGUAUUCGCCAUCUAAACAGAGGUUCACAUCCAAAUGAAGGGACAUAAACUGUGGAUCACUUUUAGAAGUUGGUUAACGUUGGUUCACAGGACUAGAUAACAUUUACCGCAGACCCCACACAGCGUAGCCCCAUGCCUUUGACCAAAUCGGUGUCUUGAAGGUUCUAAGGCUUUUUUUGGCGGGGGAAAAAAUUGGCUGCGUGAUGAUGGAGACCGAGCAUGCCCCAUUGCCUCGCAUGGGGGCUCAAGAUGUGUAUGAUUUUUGCGACGACGGGGAAUCCCUCGGGAGACUGAAGCCAGUGGAACUGCCAGUGGAGAUGGCGGUUGGUGGCCCUGUUGGUGGCGAUAGUAAUAUGGAACUUGCAGAGCAGCCCCUCAAGAAGAGGAAGCGUUGUGGGGUCUGUGUACCGUGUCUGAGAAAAGAACCUUGCGGAGCCUGCACCAACUGUGUGAACCGGAGUACCAGUCACCAGAUAUGCAAGAUGAGAAAAUGUGAACAGCUGAAGAAGAAGCGAGUGGUACCGCUAAAAGUAGCAGAGAAUUGCUCGGAAGAUUUUUUAGUUGAUGGACCCAAAACAGACCAAAUGGAAACGGGGCCAGUCAAUCCUGUUGAAGAAGGAAGGGUGACGCAGGCAUGUGACCAAGUCCUGCUGAAUAAGGGAUGUGAAGAUUUGGGAAAUAGGCUAUUAAUGGAAGCAAACCCUUGGUUAAGCAAUCCUCCUAUUCCACAGGAUUCUGGCAAAAAAAUCAAUUGGGAUAACGCUCACAUCCACAAUCACGCUGCUGCUAACAAUUCUAAUUUAGAAGAUGCCAAAAACCUAGUAGCGUUCUCUGCUGUGGCCGAGGCGAUGUCCUAUGGGUUACAAGCAUCAGGGCCUCCUUCUAUGGUGUCGACGCAGUUAUAUGAAAAGUUCCAUUAUGAGAUGAAUAGAGAAGGCUCUAGCCUUCCCGAAAAUAAACCUCCAUCUUGCCCCGAAGAUAUUAAUACUCUAAAAACUGCUUUGGAACUUGCAAAACAUGGCAUGAAACCUCCUAACUGUAACUGUGAUGGACCCGAAUGUCCCGAUUACUUGGAAUGGCUUGAGAACAAAAUAAAAUCUGUUAAGGACCGUCAAGAUGGCUCCCACAACCCCCUGAAUCAGGUCAGCAGGGAGUUGGUGGAAAAGAACUACUCUAAAGAACAUGUGCUAGCACUAGAAAAUAAGAUAGCAAAAUGCCCCUCAGGCCCCCUACCCUUCUCUCAGAAUGCAUGGAGCAUUGCAAAAGAGAAAAAUAUAAGUCUGCAAACUGCAAUUGCCAUUGAAGCGCUUACACAGUUAUCUUCUGCACUUCCACAAACAAACAAGGAUUGUCCCAAUGGCCCUUCACAAACACCUUUACCUUCCCACGAACGCCUAACACAUUUUUCACCUGCAAAGGUUGACCAGGGUCAGUUAUUACCAAUGUCAUGCAAUGAAAUGUUCCAGAAUCAGCAAUCCCAAAUAUACACUGGUGGUAAUGCACUUCCUAUGUCUCAACCCUCCAGACAAACAUCUUGGGAUCAAAACAAAGCACCUAGUUACCAUGAAGGACAGUACAUUCCAGAAAAACUAUCUCAUGGCACUCCUAUGCUGCAAAAUGAAGUAUCCACUCCACAAAAAUCUGAAUUUAUGCAGCAAUGGGCUCAAGGUCCAGAGCAACCAAGAACACCUUCAGAUCCCAUGUCCGGGUUGAAACAGUUGCUGGGUAAUGCAGACGAUUACAUUAAGUCUGUGUUCAAGGGACCUGAGUCCAUAACGCCCAAAGUCAAAAAGUCAAAACAAGGCUCUGUGAAGAAAGAAACCCCAACAUCUGACUUCUACAAAAUGUCACCAGAUCAGCAGUUAUCUCAGCUGUUCCAAGAAUCUGAAUUCCAUAGGAGUACACAGGCUGCAUUACAGCAACAUCUUCACCAUAAACGCAACCUCUUCGUAGACUCUCAGGCUGCACAGCAAGGAUCACAAGAACAACAAAAUUGGUGGGUGCCAAACUCUCCAAAGGCCGCAAAGACCGCAGAUAAGCCAGUAAAGGAAAGGAAAAAGAGAGGGCAAUCCCCAUCGCAAAAACAAGCUGAGCCGAAGAUAAAAGUCCCCCGUAAACAAGUACAGAUCAAAAAGCCUAAGCAAAAAGAAGGCCAGGCUCUCUUCUUGCCAAUGAGUCAAAUUAAAAUAGAAGAAUUUCACCCGCCUCUGCAUGAAGAUAGUCAACCCAGUGAAAAGGUUGACCAGUCCCUUCCCAAUGACAAAUCAAUGGUGCUUACAUCCCAGCCUGGGUCACAGGCUAGUGUUGACAACAGAUUUACAUUAAACACUCAGGAAACGUGCUCUGUAAAUCAGUCAAAUGAUAGGCAGGGCCGUAGCUUAUCGCUUGGUAUUCAUCAAACAAACCGUUUUGGUCCGAAAAGUACCAAUACUUCCUCUUCUAUUGAUGACACCAGCUCUAGCUCUGCACAGAGUGACUCUGUUAGUCAGCAGGCCAAUACGGGUCAUGUUUCUGUCCAAAAUGAUCUCAUUGAUGACAAAUUUGAAGAUUUGAUCAGACAGUUUGAAGCAGAGUUUGGUGACGACUUCCCACUCCCAAGUACAGAGAUGGCCUCUCAAAAUGGUGCAAGUCCUGCAAAGCCAGCAAUGCCUAUAGAGCCACAGGCCAGACACCUGUUACCUCCUCAACCACCACCGGUCAAAAACUCUACCAUGUCGGUGAGCCAAGAAAUGUCUCAGAAUUUUGAAAGUCUUUUCUCAUCCAAGUCUCCAAGACAGGUCAAAAUUGAGUCUUCUGGUGCUAUUACAGUGGUAUCUACCACGUGCUUCUCAGAGGAAAAUAAACAACUUGAUGGAACACCUACAAAAAGCGAACUGCCUUUUAAUCCUUCUCUAAGUGGGUUUUUGGAAUCUCCAUUAAGCUAUUUAACUUCACCAACCAAGAGUUUAUUGGACACUCCAGCUAAAAGGGCUCAAGCUGAAUUCCCAACAUGUGACUGUGUGGAACAAAUUAAUGAGAAGGACGAAGGACCAUAUUACACUCAUCUUGGAUCUGGACCAACUGUAGAAUCGAUUAGAGAAUUAAUGGAGGAAAGGUAUGGAGAGAAAGGGAAAGCAAUCCGCAUUGAAAAAGUCAUUUACACGGGAAGAGAAGGGAAGAGCUCCAGGGGUUGCCCCAUUGCUAAAUGGGUCAUCCGCCGUCAGAGUGAGGAAGAGAAGCUGUUGUGUUUGGUCCGGCGCCGAGCUGGCCACCAUUGCGAGAAUGCUGUCAUUAUCAUAUUGAUCAUGGCUUGGGAGGGAAUCCCUCGUUCCUUUGGUGAUAAGUUGUAUGAUACUAUCUCUGAAACCAUCACCAAAUAUGGAAACCCAACGUCAAGAAGAUGUGGCCUGAAUGAUGAUCGGACUUGUGCGUGCCAAGGCAAAGACCCCAACACCUGUGGUGCUUCUUUCUCUUUUGGGUGUUCAUGGAGCAUGUACUUUAAUGGUUGCAAGUAUGCUCGAAGCAAAACUCCAAGGAAAUUUAGACUAAUUGGCGAUAAUCCCAAGGAGGAGGACUGUCUUAAGGAUAACUUUCAAGAUCUGGCUACUAGGGUUGCUCCAGUUUACAAGAUGCUUGCCCCACAGGCUUAUGAAAAUCAGGUUAACAAUGAGGAAGUAGCAAUUGAUUGCAGGCUUGGGUUGGAAGAGGGGCGUCCAUUCUCCGGUGUUACAGCCUGUAUGGAUUUCUGUGCCCAUGCACACAAAGACCAGCACAAUCUCUAUAAUGGCUGCACUGUGGUAUGCACGCUGACAAAGGAGGACAACAGGAUGGUUGGUAAGAUUGCUGAAGAUGAGCAACUCCAUGUGCUGCCGCUUUACAAGGUCUCCAACACAGAUGAGUUUGGGAGUGAGGAAGGUCAGCAAGAAAAGAUGAGGAAAGGGGGACUACAGGUGCUAUCGUCUUUCCCCCGUGAAGUCCGAAAGCUUUCUGAACCCGCCAAGUCUUGUAGGCAGAGACAGCUAGAAGCCAAGAGGUUAGCAGCUGAGAAGAAAAAGCUUCUAAAAGAGAAACUUACCACCCCGGAUAAAACCAAGCUGGAGCCAGCAGAGAUGCCAACAGACCAGCAGAACCAAGGUGCCCAGCCACAACAGGUAAAGCCUUGUAUAAAAGUGGAGCCUACAAAUCACUACAAUACCUACAAGUAUAAUGCAAACGGAGUUGUUGAGAGUUACUCUGUGUUGGGCAGCUGCAGACCUUCUGAUCCAUACAGCAUGAAUAGUGUCUACUCCUACCAUUCUUUCUAUGCACAAGCACCUAACCUGCCUUCUAUAAAUGGCUAUCACACAAAAUUUGCUCUUCCUCCCUUUGGAUAUUAUGGCUUAUCCAACAAUCCUGUGGUCCCUUCUCAGUUUAUGAAUUAUGGUUCCAAUGACACAAGGACUGGUGGAUGGAUGAGCAACGCAUUUGACAAAAAGUCUGAAAUGCAACCAGCAGCAGAAAGUUUAAACCAUGGUUAUGGCAAUGAGUCCUCUGAGCAAAAUUAUGGGCGGUCUGGAGACAUAAUGCAGCAGUACAACCUCCAUGAUGCAAACAGACAAAAAUCUGCAAGUACCCCCCACCGGACUACACCGGCUCCAAUGGAUAACACUCCUUAUUCAUCCUGUUUCAACAAAGUAAUCAAGAAGGAACCUAUGAAUGAAUUCUUGCAUGAUGCAUUCCAGAGAUCCCCAAGUGUCCAUUCUCUUUCUCAAAGUCCUGCUUUGAAUCUUUCAUUACCGAAAAAUGAUCAGGCCAUUCCCUAUAAAGCAAAUGGGGCAUUGUCCUCUUCUGAAAGGCCAAAUUCAUCAGGUCCCCAGAAUAUGGUUAUGAACACUGAUAAAACCAGUUUAACAAAUGGUCUGGAUAAGAGAGAUUAUUAUGGUGUCCAAUCAAAUGGCAUGGGUUUGAAGAACAUACAUGGACCAAAUAAGCAAUGGGGUAUAUAUGGGAUGGAUACCCAGACUGGUCAGCGUGAUUCGAACACUCCAGGAAAGGUCUGGAGUUCGUGCAAGCUCAGUGAAAAUUCUGCAAAUGCUCAAGAGAACUGGAAUAGUGGGCGUGCGAUGAAGGAGACCCAAAUGUUUCAAGAAAAGCUCUGGAAUUCAGUUGCUGGUAAUGAUAGGUGCAGUGUGACACCUAGUGCCAGUAUGCAGGAUAGGUCAUGGAAUAUGUUUGCUUCUCCAGCCACUCCAUCAACCCCUUUAAAAGCAGAUACUUGGGAUCCAUUUAGUUUAGAUGAUAACAUGAACGAGACACCGGUCAAGAAAGAGGAGGAGGAGGAUGAAGAAGUCUGGUCUGACAGUGAGCACAAUUUCCUUGAUGAAAAUAUUGGAGGAGUUGCUGUAGCGCCGGCCCAUGGCUCCAUCCUUAUAGAGUGUGCACGUAGAGAACUUCAUGCCACCACACCUCUAAAGAAGCCCAAUCGCUGUCAUCCAACCCGCAUUUCCUUGGUGUUCUAUCAACACAAAAACUUGAAUCAGCCUAACCAUGGACUGGCACUUUGGGAAGCCAAAAUGAAGCAAUUGGCAGAAAGAGCACGAUUAAGGCAGGAGGAAGCUGCUAGAUUGGGGAUCAAACAGGAAGUUAAAGGCAAAAAGAGAAAGUGGGGUGGUGCUGCUACUACAGAGACCCCACCUGUCGAAAAGAAGGACAGUAUUCCAACUCGACAAGCAGCUCCUAUGUUGACAAACUCUUUUACCACUUCAUCUUCCUAUGCCUAUACCAAGGUUACGGGACCAUACAGUCGCUGGAUAUGAGAUUAAAACAGCUACCGUUGUGGCCAUUGUACCUCAAGCUAUUUGACGGCACUGUAAAAUAUGGUGCUAUUUUUGGUGCUUUUCUUUUCUCCUGUGUACCACAGGGGGAUCCUGUAUCUGUACACAUCUCCCAGGACAUGAUCCACAAGAGAACUAUUACUGUAUAUUUUUUUUUUCAAUUAAUCUAAAAAAAAACAAAAAGAAGAUUUAUAUCUGCAUUUUUUUUAAACCUACUGUUGUACAACCAAUGACAGGAAUAUCUUGGCGUCCUUUUACAAGACACACACACAUUAAAAAAAGAAAAAAAAAGAUUUUUAAUCACAUUCAAACAUAUAUUUAUUGGAUUUUAUAGAACAAUAAUGGUGCAAAAUUUAUAGCUGAAUCACAUCUGCAAAGGUUUUCUAAGCUACUCAAAAUCAUAGCUGUUUUGCCACCAAAAAGUAUGCUCGCAAGUACAUUAUUUGUCGGUCUAGUACUCUCGUAGACGAUUGUAAUGAUGGAUCUAUGGCAGCGGGCUAUACCACAGAUACAGUAGCCCUUUUAUAAACAAUUUGGAUCUUGUAAAUUAUUGGCACCCAAACAUAACUUAUGCUGGACCACCAGAAUUUUUUGUUUACACUAGUAUUAAUGGGGGUCCAUUUGGGCUUUCCGCUAUUUUUGACGGAUCUAAAAAUGGAUUUGUCAUAACGAUCAUGACCAUCCUGUGAGAUAGAUGUCUUUGAGAAUAUGACUGCCUAAAAUCUAUAGAUGAAAUCCAUAUAUUAUUUAAAGUGGCAUUUUUUAAACAUUUAAAAUAUAUUUAUAAAAAAAAUCUAAUCAUUUUAUUCAUCACCUAAAACACAGGCUCCACCCUCCAGUCGUGAUGUAUGUAAAACUGUAUUUAAUGAAAUAUUAAAAGUAAUAAUUUAAUAUAAUUAUUUUUACCAUGUGGGAGACAAAGCCUGUGUUUGUAAAGUAUCCUUUUAACAAUCUUUUUGCUGCUACUUUUUGCACCUAAGUGAAAUUAAUGAUUGGAAUUUUUUUUGUCAUUUUCAAUGCACAUCUGUUUUUGUUCUCCUUUUUAGAGCUUCUUAUACAUAUUAAAAACAACUUAACUACUACUGCAGUAGUGGAAUAUAUUUUAUUUUUUAAAUUGUAGACAAAAGGGCUGCUGUAUCUUGCAUCCAAUGAAAACUGUGAAUAUUAUGCCAUUGUUGUCUGUAUCUGAUGGAUAGCAUACGUGGGGCUGGUAGGCACUGGGGCAUUCUCUGUUUGAUUUAUAUCAUUAACACUGCCAUGCGGACCACAGUAUCCUUUAAUUAUGUUUUAGAAAAAUUUCCACCAAUUUUUAUUUUAUUUUUUACUGUAAAUGUGUUGAACCCGUUUUUGUAAUUUAAUUUUUAUGGUUUUGUUUAUAUAUAUUUGUGUUUUGUUUUUUUUCUGGUGGGAGGGGGUGAGUAAAAGGAGUUUGGUGCUUAAUCUCCUUAGAAACCAGACAAUUAUUGCAACAUAAAAUAUCUAUGACAGCAAGACCUAUUUUUUUGGCCUAAAGAUUGCAGGUGCUACAAAGAAGAAUUAAAUAAAAGUAUUUUUAUGAAAGUAGUGGAAUUAAGACUAUUUAGAUUUUUAGCAGGUAAAUGUAUCAGUCUUUAGAUUGGGUAAAGGUUGCAAGCGUGUGAAAAAAUUAAGAAAAAAAAACAUUGCACCUAUAAUAAUUGACUGUCCCAACUAUUGGGUGGUUUGUUUAAUACCGAAUGUAAAUCCAAUUCUAACUCAAUUUUUAAUAUUAUAAAUUGUUUUUGUUGCAUUUAGGUUUAUAACGCAUUUGGAACCAUCAGUCUGUAAAUAGCUUUAUUUUUUCCAUUUCUUUUUUCUUUUCUUUUUUUGCCUGUUUCCAUAAUUUGAAUUUAAAGCACUUUUUAUCCUGCUGCAAAUACAUAGAUAAUGGGAGAAAUGUAUAUAGAGGUAGAAUAUUUAACGCAAUGUGGCCGUCCUACCAACUACUAUAUCUGCUUUUAUAUAUAUAUAUAAAAAAUAUAUAUAUAAUUUUUUUAGUUGUAAUUUGUAAGCUACAGAAUUGUUGCUAUUGUACAGUCUAGAGCAACCAUUAGAAGAAUAAUAUAAUGCCACUCCACCCCCACAAUAUACCGUGCGGCUCUGUAUAAAUGUUAUUGAGUAAUUGUACAUUUCUCACAGGCUGGGAACAUAGGUCAAGACCAUUGGCACAAGUUGACGUCAUAAGACUUUUGUGUGGCGUUUUUGCUAAGGAAGACCAAAAAAAAAAAAAAAAAAAGCAACCUAUCGGCUCCGUGAAAUUUACAUAGAAUUUUUACCUUGUAUAAAAAUUGCCUUUGACAUCUGCAGUAUAAAAUAAACUCUUCACCCUUCAUCUGAAUAGAUAAAUCAUUCAUUCGUGUUUUUUGAUGAAAAAAAAGUUAGUUCCUUACAAAAAAAAAAAAAAAAAAUCAGUAACUAUAUAUAUAUAUAUAUAUAUAUAUAUAUAUAUAUAUAUAUAUAUGGAAAAAUGGUAACCAGAAAUUGGGCUUAGACCCCUUGCAAGGACAGAAAUUGACAACAUCUUCACCUGAUAGAAUAAACAUAUAAAAUUAUAAUUGAGUUUUCAUUUUUGGAAUAGUUAAUACAGAUUGUUACAGAAUAAAAUAGGACAUUUAAGAUGAGUUCAGUAGUUGAAAUAUUUUUUUGCCAAUGUCUAGUCAUUCCUAUACAUUAACACAAUGUUUUGUUAGAUUGGCCAUUUGUUGGGUACCAUUUGUUGCGUAUUAGUAAAAUGGCGCUAUAUUUUGAUGACAGUUUGUGCCUAUUAUUGCAGCUUAGCCCUAUUUAUUUAAAAUGGAAAUGAGCUGCAAUUUCAAAACUCAAUACAUGCAUAUAAGUGGCACUGUUUAUGGGGAGAAAAAAAAGAAUAGACCUUUUUCAGGUUACCACCUACCAAUAAUAAGUGACCAUCGCUAUAUCUCCUCUCUUGACUUGGAGGCCCCUUGAAUCUUGAUUAUAACAUAUUGGCAGUCACUCUUUUUGCAUGGGAAAUUGCAUUGUGAUUUUUGAAUGGACAUGCUGACAUGGCAGGAGGCAAUGACCAUGUUGAGAUAAAUAGGGAAACCAUAUACUGAGAGUUAUAUGGAAAGACCCAAGUCUAAACCCACAGUGUGCACAAUUGUCCAAUGUAGUACUAAAUAUUUUAUACCAAAAUGUGUCCACAUCAAAUGUGGACCUAGAAAUGAGGCUGAGUAGAGAUGAGCGAACUUACAGUGAUUCGAUUCAUCACGAACCUCGCGGCUCAGCGUUUGCUGACUUUAGCCUGUAUAAAU